AUGAAUUUUUUGAAUUCCAUCCUGAACCUCGUCAUAGACAUCGUGGCAUGGAGCCCAGAAAUAGAUAUGGACCGCAAAGCCCUGCUAGUGGAGAAGAUAGCGGAUCUGCUUCAGCACGAGUCCGUCGACUCCCUGACCGACAUGGUGCGUCAGCAAGCGAUGCUCACCAUCAUGGAGAUGAGAGUGAAGCCACCGCUGCAGGACCUGGAACGAUCCAACCUGCUCGCAGCCUGCUUCUCCAGCGUCUUCUCCCUGCCUCCAGCAGAGACCAUGCAGGGCAAGGAGGCUGCUCUCUACACCAAGACUCUGAGAGCCAUGGAUCAGAUGCUGAAGGCCUUGGCGUGUGAGAAUCAGGAGCCCAGACUUCUGGUGGUGGAGAAGAUCUUGGAGGCCCUGCUCCCCUGGACCGCAUCCAAGGAGGUGCAUGGGCAGCUGAGGGCAGUGGAAAGGAUCACCUUCCUCAUGAAAUUAAUGGCUUGUCAACCCAAAUGCAAGGAAGCGGAGGAGUUCAGAAUCCUGGGCCAGCUGGUGGCGUGUGUCACUCUGUGCCAUCCGGAGCAGGAGAUCUGCCGAUCGUCUAUGGAGGCAUUUUACCACCUCUACUCCUUCAUGCUGCAGCUAAAAUCUAUGCCACUGGGGAACAGUGAAGAGCAUCGGCAGCUCCUCAAGGACAGGCAAACCUUGUACGGCUCCUGGGACACCUUGUUCACCAACACUAGCGAUAUCACAUGGAUGUUUGGGAAGUACCUCAACGGAUCCGAGCGCAUGGACUUCCUCUGCACUGCUAUUGAUAGCAUGAGAGACACCAGCGUCCAUGACUCGGUGGUGGCCAGGCACAUGCUGCAUGAGAUCCUGAUGGUCCCCGGCCCAAGGCUGGAGAGGGUGUCGGAGGCUGUGAUGAGCAUUUACAAGAACCUGGACUCCAUCAGCGAGCCGCUGUCCCGGAAGGAGCUGUUCAGGACCCUUCUCGUGCUGGGCAACCAGUACAGCGAGGAGGUGGUCAGAACCCUGCUGGGCUGCUCGCUGUCAUGUGACAGCGUUGCUGCGGAGAUGUGGCGGAUGCUGGCAUCCCACUGCCAGACCACAGGAAAGGUCCUAAAGGAGCUGCUCAACACGCUGCAGGAGCAGCCGCUGCACCACCAGCAUGUCUCUCAGAGAGAGGUCCCCUUGGCUGCCACCAGAGCCCUGUACGAGAUCUUCAAGGAGCAGGCCUGCAGACAGCAAGUGAAGGAGCUCUUCCCUCAGCUCUCCAUCGCCCUGCUAUUCCAGAUCACAUAUACGGUGGAGCUGUCCAUGCAUAACGAGAGGGUGAAUAACCAGGGGGACACGCCUGCAUCCUUCAGCCCUGUCAGGUAUGCGGUGGAUGCCAUGCAAGCCUUGCUCCAAUGUGCUGGCUACAGGGACCAGACCACGUUCAUCCACAAGCAGGGUGGCUGGGGCAUGCUCGUGAACGCCGACAUGCACCACGAAGGCGUCUUGGUGCUUGCCCGGGCCAUGGUUUCGGUCAGUUUCCAGGAGCGUUGCUGGAUUUUCCAGGAGCUGAUGGCCAUCCUCAACUGCAGGGAUGAUAGGCGGUACAUCCCGGCCAUGGCGUUCUUCAUUCAGCUCCUCCAGUGCCCUGACCUUGGCAAUAAGCAGGAAGACGCCAUCCUGGACCACUUGAGUGGGCAGCUGAGAGACCCCAACACUGUGGUGCGCUGGCUGGCGCUCAAAGGCCUCCUGAACCUGUCCCUGUGCCCAGAGAAGGUGGGGAAACUCCAGCGUCUGCUGCCAGAGGUCCUGGAGCAACUACAGGAGGUAGACAGGGACAUCAUCGCCGAGGCCAUCACCGUGCUGAAAAACAUCCUUGCCGGCAUGGACAGGCAGAGCGCCAGCCGCGCGGCUGUGCAAGUGGCUGAGAAACUCCUGCCUUUCAUUGAUGAUGUGACCAGCAGGCUCCGGGUGCUCUCCAUCACCCUCUUUAAACACCUGCUGGAGCUUGUAAGGGGGCUCGACAGGAGGCGGAUGAAGGCGCAUGUGCUCCAGAGCCUGGUCCCGCUGCUCCUCCUUGUGCAUGAUGAGCGUCCCAACGUGUCCCAGGUGUGUUGGGACACCCUCAGCAGUGCGGCAGAAUUCCUGAAGUGGCACCAGCUUGGUGGCUUCAUCCAGCGCAAGGAUAUCUGGCAAAGCUGUGACUGCCUGCUGACGCGCUACAAGGGGAGAGCCAACAACUUUCUGUGCCAGACCAUGGCCUUUCUGGAGAACCCACAGACUCCACUUAGACAAGCGGCCAUCAGGUUCAUAGGGCUCGCUGCCCGGCAGCUGGACCAGAGGAGCCAGGACAAGCUGGAUGCCAUCUGCAACGACCUCAAAGGCUUGCAGCAGGACAGCAACUCCUCGGUCCAAAGCCUGGCUUCUCAGACCAUCUUCAUCCUGGAGGCGUUCAAGAACCACCCGCCAGCCCACAGCAGCCUAUGGACAUGCUUUCAUAGGAUAAGAACAAUGUGCACUAAGGAGAGCCCGGUCAUUGAAGCUGCCCAGCUGCCCUAGCUCUGGGAAAAGCCAGCCUCCCUUCCCUGGGAGCUUCGUGCCAGACCAUGGCUUCUUCCCCAUUGGCCGCCUGCUCUGCGCAGCCAUGUGAGUAGUUAACUGCUCGAUAGCUUUCAUCACCAUGUACUUUUUGAUAGGUUUCCAUGCACUGUGUAGCAUUUACGUCCCGCCCUCCCUCCCCAUUUCCAGUCGUGUAUGUUUUUGGUGCCGUCUGCCAUUUUGAAAAUUUAUUUUGUAUUAUUUUUCUGUGUUUGGCCGGGGGAAGGUUGUGUGCCUGUGUUUUGA